CCAGAUAAGUCGUCCUCUCCAAUCCACCAUCGUCCGGCGAUGCGGCUGGCGGCGGCGGCGGGGGUCCUCCGCCCCACGGCCGCCCUCCUCUUCCACUCCCGCUCCCGGCCGCACCGCCUCCUCCCCUCCCCGCGCCGCUCCUCCCUCCCCUUCGCCCGCCGCCGCCGCCACUCCUCCUCCUCCUCCACCGCCACGGCCCUCGACGACCCCCCUCCUCCGUCGGCGCCCGGUCCACCCUCCCCCGCCCCACCGACGCAGACGGGAGAGGGCGGGGAGACCAAGGCCGCCCGGCGCCGGCGCUUGCGGGAGUCCCCGGAGGGCAUGCUCAGGCACCGGCUCGACAUGUGCUCCCGCGACGCGGACCUCGCCACGGCGCUGGAGCUCUACGCGGCCGCGGUCGACCCGGCCACCGCCGUCCCGCUCGCCCUCCACCACUACAACUGCCUGCUCUACCUCUGCUCCAACGCGGCGGCCGAGGACGCCGACGCCGCGCGCCGCGGCUUCGAGAUCUUCGCCGCCAUGGAGGCGCAGGGCGUGGAGCCCAACGAGGCCACGCUCACCAGCCUCGCCCGCCUCGCCGCUGCCGUCCGGGACCCGGCCAUGGCCUUCUCCGUCGUCCGCCGCAUGGCCGCCGCCGGCAUCCCGCCGCGCCUCCGCUCCUACGGCCCGGCCCUCUUCGCCUACUGCGACGCCCGCGACGCCCACGGGGCCGCCGAGGUCGAGGCCCACAUGGACGCCGGAGGGGUCGUGCCGGAGGAGACCGAGCUCGCCGCGCUGCUCCGGGUCAAUGCCGACACCGGGAGGGCCGACCAGGUGUACAGGGUGCUGCACAGGACGCGCACGCUCGUCAGGCAGGUGUGCGAGGCCACCGCCCAGGUGGUCGAGGCCUGGUUCCGGUCGGACGCCGCGGCGGAGGCCGGGGUGGAGAAGUGGGACGCCAGGAAGGUCAGGGAAGGCGUGGUGAAGGGCGGCGGCGGCUGGCAUGGCCAGGGCUGGCUCGGCAAGGGGCAAUGGGAUGUCGGGCAGAGCGAGAUGGACAAGAACGGCAAAUGCCAGCGCUGCGGCGAGAAGCUCGUGUGCAUAGACAUUGAUCCUUCCGAGACAGAGACCUUUGCCAAGUCCCUCGCCGAACUCGCGUGCAAGCGCGAGGUCAGGGACGAUUUCGUACGGUUUCAGGACUGGCUCCGUCACCAUGGACCAUUCGACGCUGUUAUUGAUGCUGCUAAUGUCGGCCUUUACAACAGUAAAGCUUUCAGUUUUUCUCAGGUGAACUCUGUUGUAAAUGGCAUACAGAGAGUAACCAAGUCAAAGAAAUUGCCACUGAUCGUUUUGCAUAGGAGCCGGGUAAAUUGUGGCCCUGCAAAAGCACCACAGAAUCAGAAGCUCAUAGAGAGUUGGCGAAAUGCUGGAGCACUAUAUUCUACUCCUCCUGGUUCCAAUGAUGAUUGGUAUUGGCUGUAUGCAGCAGUUAGUUGCCGUUCAUUGCUUGUUACGAACGACGAGAUGCGGGACCACUUGUUUCAACUUCUCGGCACUAGUUUCUUCCCCAGAUGGAAAGAAAAGCACCAGGUCAGGCUAACGUACUCGGGCCGCGGUCCUACAUUCCACUUGCCGCCACCUUAUUCAAUUGUCAUUCAGGAAUCCGAAGCCGGGAGCUGGCACGUGCCAACAACGACCGGAGACGACAUCGAGAGCCCGCGGCAGUGGCUCUGCGCCACCAGGAAAACUUCGGAGGGACCGCCUUCUCCACCGCCCCAAGCUCGCGCCACCAGCAAAACUUCGGAGAGACCGCCUUCUCCACUGCCCCAAGCUCGCGCCACUAGCAAAACUUUGGAGAGACCGCCUUCUCCGCCGCCCCAAACUCGUGCCACCAGCAAAACUUCGGAGAGACCGCCUUCUCCGCCACCCCAAGCUCGCGCCACCAGGAAAACUUCCGAGAGACCGUCUUCUCCACCACGCCAAGCUCGCGCCACCAGGAGAACUUCAGAGAGACCGUCUUCUCCGCCACCCCAAGUUUCGGCAACCAGGAAAGCUUCGGAGAGACCGUCUUCUCCGCCGCCCCAAGCUUCCACCACCAGCAAAACUUCCGAUGGAUCGUCUUCACCACCGCCCCAAUCGAGGUUAAGUGAGCUGGGUUGGUAGCCUUUGCUAGAACUCAUGUUAUGGGGGUGCAUGAGCAUAUAGCAGAAGUAGAAAAAUAGCACCCAGAUUUGGGCCUGUUUGUUUUAGAUUUAAGAGAAAAAUAGCAGCUCUUGAUUGAGGCUGAGAUUAUGAGCCACCAACAUCUGUGACUGAAGUUAGUCCUUAGUUGCCCAUGAAAAUGAAAAUUUUUGCUUGCUGUAACAAGGUGAUUGGUGAAUGUGGAUGAUUUUUUUACCAUAUGAACUCAUUGUACUCCUACAAGAAUUUUGUAUCGUCAUGGUGUAAUUCACUGCUUGAGCCACUGGUAA